AAAAUGUGACGAGGUGGAAUACAAGGUAGUAACCUGACUCCUCAUGUGCAUCCAGGGAGCUAGUCUGACUUGGAAAUCUGAGGAGCUUCAGGAUGUCUGCAUUGUCAUCAAGUAAGUGAUGAUCAGCCGAGCGAUGGAGGGACUCCUGCAUUACAUCAACCCAGCGCAUGCCAUCUCUCUGCUCAGCGCCCUCAACGAGGAGCGCCUCAAGGGGCAGCUAUGUGACGUGCUCCUGAUUGUUGGUGACCAGAAGUUUCGAGCUCAUAAGAAUGUCUUGGCCGCCAGCAGCGAGUACUUCCAGAGCUUAUUCACAAAUAAGGAAAAUGAGUCACAAACUGUCUUUCAGCUUGACUUCUGUGAACCAGAUGCUUUUGAUAAUGUUUUGAACUACAUUUAUUCUUCUUCCCUAUUUGUGGAGAAGGGCAGCCUGGCCGCAGUGCAGGAGCUGGGCUAUAGCCUUGGUAUCUCCUUCCUGACCAACAUUGUCUCCAAAGCCCCCCAGGCCCCCUUCCCAGUGUGUCCCAACAGAAAAAGAGUGUUGGUAAGUGAGGACGAUGAGACCAGCUCCCAGAAGAGGAGCGUCAUUGUGUGUCAGGGUAGAAGCGAAGCACAAGGGAAAGCCAGCAGUCAGAAUCUGCCCGACCUGAGCCAUGCCUCCCGGCCCGCGCCCUCCACUGCAAUCAAGACCAGUAGCAGCAGGCCACACAUCGCUAAAGCAGUGGAGCCCCUUCAUAGCCUGGCCCUCGCUGACAAGAACUGGCCCAAAGAGCCUGCGGCCGGGUAUACAAAGUCUCUUGAGCAUUCUGGAUCUUUGGAUGAUCCCAGUAGAAGCAGUUUGGUGAAGAGAAAUGCAGUAUUACCCUCCAAGCCUCCUUCAGACAGAGAUGCCGGGGACGAAAAGCCAGGUGCGAGCAGUCAGCUUCCGAAGGGAAGAGCUAUAGAGAUGGCUCUGAAAAGGCCACGGCCACCAGUUCUAUCUCUCCGCAGCUCCUCAGAGACUCCCUAUCUGUUGAAAGAAUCUAACAAAGGCAGUGGUCAAGGGGAGGACCGAAACCUGUUGUACUACUCCAAGCUGGGCCUCGUUAUCCCGUCCAGUGGGUCUGCUUCUGCAAACCAAAGCAUUGACAGAAGCGGCCCGCUGGUGAAGAGCCUCCUCAGACGGUCGCUGUCCAUGGAUAGCCAGGUUCCUGUGUACUCACCCGCCAUAGACCUGAAAUCGCCCCAGGAAUCGCCCCCCGUGUCAAACAACGCACCAGGGAAUGUGUUCUGUGCUUUAGCUCAAAAGUCAGCUUUAAAAGACUGUACUGAAAAACCAGCGCUAGAUGACAGGCCUCAAGUGCUGCAACCACAUCGCCUCAGGUCCUUCAGUGCUUCUCAGUCCACGGACAGGGAGGGCGCCUCCCCCGUGACCGUGACCCUGACUGAGGUGCGCAUCAAGACGGAGCCCAGCAGCCCACUGUCGGACCCGGCCGACAUCAUCAGGGUCACCGUGGGGGAUGGGGCGGCGGCCAGCAGAGAUCCCCCCGUGAAGACAGAGGAGGACCCCAAGGACAUGAGCAGACUGCCCGCAAAGAGGAGGUUCCAGGCAGACAGGAGGUCGCCCUUCAAGAAGGCCAGGGCGGAGGAGCCUGGGCCUGCCGUCUCAGGGGACAGCUGUGAGGAGAGCGCCAGCCCUCCUGCCCUUGAUGGCAAUUUCCCAGAUUCUGACUUAAACAAGGAGGAGUUUGGUGAGUUGGAGGGGACGAGACCAAAUAAAAAGUUUAAAUGCAAACAUUGCCUUAAGAUCUUUAGAUCAGCUGCGGGUCUUCACCGCCACGCUAACAUGUACCAUAAUCCCGAGAAGCCCUACGCCUGUGACAUCUGUCACAAGCGCUUUCACACCAACUUCAAAGUGUGGACACACUGUCAGACCCAGCACGGCGUAGUGAAGAACCCGUCGCCAGCCUCUAGCUCCCAUGCAGUGUUGGAUGAGAAAUUCCAAAGAAAGCUGAUUGACAUAGUGAGAGAGAGGGAGAUUAAGAAGGCCCUGAUCAUUAAGCUGAGGCGCAGCAAGCCUGGCUUCCAGGGCCCAGGUAGCUGCCCAGCACAGCAAGUCAUCAAGAGGAACUUGCGCUCCCGAGCCAAAGGGGCGUACGUUUGUUCUUACUGUGGAAAGGCCUACCGCUUUCUCUCUCAGUUUAAGCAGCACAUAAAAAUGCACCCGGGAGAAAGACCCCUCGGAGUAAAUAAAGUUGCUAAGCCAAAAGAGCGUGUUCCUCUGACAGGUGCGGUAGAGAGCAAGGAGGUUUACCCGUGCCGCCUCUGUAAUGCUAAGCUCUCUUCUCUUCUAGAGCAAGGCAGCCACGAGCGCUUGUGCCGGAACACCACCGUUUGCCCUUACUGCAGCCUCAGGUUCUUCUCGCCCGCGCUGAAGCAGGAGCACGAGGACAGGUGUGAGUACAAGAAGCUGACCUGCCUGGAGUGCAUGCGGACCUUCAAGUCGUCCUUCAGCAUCUGGCGGCACCAGGUGGAAGUGCACAACCAGAACAGCAUGGCCCCCGCCGAGAACGUCUCCCUGCCCACUCUGGACCACAAUGGCGAAGUGCCCGCCGGGCCCCGGGCCCCGCCCCCGCCCGAGCCUAACAAGGUAAACCACGUUGCCACACCAAAAGAGGACACUGCGUUCAGUGACUCUUCAGAGCAAGUGAACUUCGAUUCCGAGGAUUCCACUUGUCUCCCUGAAGACCUGAGUCUGUCGAAGCAGCUGAAAAUCCACGUCAAAGAGGAGCCCGUGGAGGAGGCGGAAGAGGACGCGCCCGAGGCCAGCUCAGCGCCCAAGGAGGCGGGCCCCAGCAAGGAGGCGGGCCUGUGGCCCUGCGAGAAGUGUGGGAAGAUGUUCUCGGCCCACCGGCAGCUGGAGCGGCACCAGGAGCUGCUGUGCUCGGUGAAGCCCUUCAUCUGCCACGUGUGCCACAAGGCUUUCCGGACCAACUUCCGCCUCUGGAGUCACUUCCAGUCCCACGCGUCCCAGGCCACAGAGGAGCCCGUGCGGAAGGAGGCCGAAGCACGCCCCGGGCCCACAGACUCUCCCUCACCACCACCCCUGCCUCCCCCACCUCCUUUGCCCAAGAUCCAGCCCCUGGAGCCCGAUAGCCCCACAGGCCUGCCAGAGAACCCCAUCCCGACCACGGAGAAGCUGUUUACCCCACAGGAGUCGGACACGCUCUUUUACCACGCCCCGCCCCUCUCAGCAAUCACAUUUAAAAGGCAGUUCAUGUGCAAGCUCUGCCACAGGACGUUCAAGACCGCCUUCAGCCUUUGGAGUCACGAGCAGACCCACAACUGACGGGCCCACACUCCUCGCCGGGGGAGGCCCCAGCUUACUGACAGUGUCCCAAGACGCUACGGAAUUUUUUAUAAGAGAGUAAUAAAGGUUGGGAAAUUGUUAUGCUUGAAUUUAGGUUCGAGAUAAACUGAUAGUGGUUAGAAAUGUCCCCACUAGGCUUUAGGAAUAAACGUGGGAAUAUUGCAGUUUGACCCUCACAGCGACAGGGGCUUGAUUUCGUGACUGUUGAACUUGAACUGAGCAUCACGGGUUCCAGGGUGGCAGUGUGAUCCUUUCAUUGGGGCUUUUGCUGUGGAACUAUUCCUUCUUUGGAUUAUUCCACACACCUAAGUUCCAGCAAAUCUUCGCCAUGUUCUUAAGGCCAAAAAACGCACCAGGACAAAAUAGAGUCGUUUGCAGUAUUGACUUACAUCCUAGACUACCUUAGCAAUAAAAAGAUAAACCUCAACUCUUAACAAGUUAUCCUGACACUUGAUAAAGACAAAUACUUGGUAUUUUGUGGUCACGUAGAACUUUGUUUUUGUAUGAAAAUGGUGAGAUUUAAAUGAGCAAUAGUCACACUUAGAUUUUUAUAAAAUAACUUGCUCUCAGUCAGUAUAACAAUGAUGGGCCCAGCGUAAGACCACAGCUUAGGUGAUUUGCGCGCAUCCUCUCAGUCAGUUUACAGGAGGGUCAGUAGUGACUGGCGCCGCUACUACCACACAGUGGUAGGUGAGUGCAUCCAGAGCUGAAGGCCUGCAGCUGUUUGAUCUCGGUGUUAUGCUGUCACAACUUGAAAACCUGAGGGUGAUUGGGACAGAACACCGUGCUAGCAGAGGGCACUCCUUUGAACUUGAGAUUCGUGUGACAGGCGAGGUUGAGGUAGACCACACACACACACAGAGGCAGGAUACCUAGUCAGGUUCCAGAGCACCACUUCCUGCCAGAGACCAGGGAGCAGAGCAGAGUGGGAAGAAGGGCUCUAGCAGCUUUGGCCUACUUUCCCGGGAUGGCUCACACCAUAGACCCUGCAGAUACCCAUAUUGGUAUAUACGAUUUCACUGCCCCUCUGUCCUUUUGAAGACUUCUGUUAGGGUGCAUUAAAGUCUGUCAAUGGAGUGAGACUGCUGAAUCACUGCUUGCUGCUCGGAAAUACGUGGUAAAGUACUAUGAAGGGUCCCAAACUAGUUUUUGCUAAUUAUUUGGGUAUAUAGUAUUUGGUAUAUAGUAUUUUCUUCCUUUUCUAGAAAUUGUAAUGAAAAGCCUUUCAAUAGGCGUUACCUAGAAUUCCCUGGAGUGUUUUCAAAAGGUAAAACUUUAUUUCACUUGUGAGGAAAAAGUUGACAUUAAAAAGUUACUGAAACUACAAAGCCUUUUAAGAUGUGAGAGAUUUCAGUCUGAGUUUUUGCAUUUUUCUUUUGCAAGCUGUUAUUUCAUGUUUUAAAAGUCAGCUACUGUGACUGAGGAUUUUUAAGUUUGCACUCAGCAGAAAAGCCCAUUGUUUUCUAUACCAACACCUUACACCAGUGGAGGAAAGGCUUUGUUUAUAUUGAGACACAAGCAUCUUAGUAAAAACACUGACUGGCCUUAUACGGUAUAGAAAUAUAUGAAAUAUAUGAAAUUUUGCUCACUUGAAAAACUAAGAAUUCUCCCUCCCAAUACUUGAGUGGUUUUUAUUUCUGUCUGUGAAUGCGACAGAAACAGGAAGAUGAAAUUAAGUUGCAGCUACUGAUCUGCCUGUUCAUAUUUUCUUAGAGUGUGCAUUUUAGAGAUGAAACAGAAGUAUAUGCCUUUAGACGAAAGGGCCAUCAGACCGGACCCCUGUAUACUGCCCACUCCCAUUCCACAGCUCACCCAAUAGCUCACCAACACCUGUGCUCGUCACGUGUAGAAAGCCAGUGCCCCUCGUAGUGCCACCUGCAUGGCUGUGGAGUAGCUGACAAAUUCACAUACAUAACAUCUCGGAACUCGAACCUUUAUGCUACAGUUUGGAAGAUUUUUGAAAUCAUAUUGCUAAUCAGUAAAAAAAAAACUAUUUUUGAUUUAGAAAGCUCUGCAUAUCUGUUAGAGUUUAAAAUUUACCAGUGUUUUGUCUUGUUCACUGUUUUUGUCUAGGCAAGAAAUAAGAUUUCAAAUAAAACUUUGAACCAAAAACAUUUAUAAUGCAGUUCUGGUUUUUCUAUUGCUUUUUAUACUGUACCUUAUAAGCAUUAGGUUGAGAGAGUUUAUUUUGGUGGUCAAAAAAAAAUAUGCUUCCACUCAUGUAACUAUUUUAAAUGUUAAGAAGUAAAAUAAUGAAAGACAUUUAUUGCUUUAUUUAGUAAACAGUUUUUUAAAAGAGUGUUUAUCUCAGCCAGUGGGCGACUAUUUAGUGUAAAAUAAGUUGGUCUUACAUUGUUGCCAAUCUUUAGAUAGUAAAAAUAUUCUUGUAAAUGUUUUUCUGAGUGUAAUUAAUUUUUGCAAAUGUAGAAAACUCAUUCCUUGUAAGUAUUCAGGAUGCCUGCUUUUUUAUGCAGUUAUGGAAAGAAUGUAAAAUGUUUAAUAUAUUCUUUGUUAAUCUGAGAACUAGUUAUUAAAUCGUUUUCUUUUGGGGAGGAGGGGAAAGGGAGUAACAUAAAACUUUUUUUACCAGUAAGCAAUGGAUGUAACAAAUACUGUGUUUUAAUAGUAGUAUCUCAAGAUUGAUAGAAUAUUUAGCUUUAAAACUUGGUAUGCAUUUGUAAAACUCAUUGACAGUGUGUUAUUUGCGUUUGAGGGGAGAUUUUUUUUUUCUUGGUCUCUGUUUGGAGAAGUGUCAUUUAUAGCCUUCUCUUUGUAAAGAUCUGCCCAGCCCGUACCUGGUGGUCUGAAUCCACCUGCAGCCCCUGUGGGCGCUACUGAGAAUAGCCCCUGUGAGGUAAGAGGGGGCCAGGCCUCCCAGUGGCCUGCACAGUCAGGGAAAGGAGGUAUCCAGUCCACGGACCUGAAACUGGUCUUUCUUCUCUCCAGUUGGGGUGCUAUGCAAAUGCACACAUGUACAACUAUAAUCUGGAGCCUUGAGAAGUGAAAUACUUACAUUUUCUCGUACACAACUAAUUGUCAUUCCUAACAGAUUUCUUCGUAAAUUUCAUCUAGUUAACUUAGAAUAUUACGUCCAUUUGCCAAUUUCUGAUGGCUCAUUGAGGUUUUUUGCAAUAAUUGUGCAAUGCAUUAUUGAUUUUUAAAUAAUGCUAGUCCACAUUUUUCAUACAUGUUCUUUAACACUGACUACUUAAACUUUUUUAAGUUUUAUGAAUAGAUUUUCAGCUGGGUGGUGGUUUACACUUGGAAUCCCAGCUACUUGGGAGACUGGUAGCUUGAGUCCAGGAACUAGCCUGCAACACAAUGAGACCCUGUCUCAAAAAAGAGAGAGAAAGAAAAAGGAUUUUCUUCUUGUGGCUUUAGCACUUUAAAAAGUUCAAAGUUUGCAUAAUUUUUUUAAUGUGUUCCUCUAGAGUGAAUCUGUGAGUUUCCCAGCUGGGGGAAAUCCUGCUGUAGUUUUCUCUAUGAGGAAAUAAAGUCAGUUAGGCUCUGGAGAAUAGUUAGUGUGAGGUGUUUUAAGUUUUCCUUUAGAGGCAGAGGAUUUUACUGUAAAUCUUUGAAAUAAUUACAUUCAGUGCUCUUUAGUUAUUUGUUAAUGCUCUCUGGAUUUCCUCAGUAUUUUUGAUUGAUACUAAUUCUCAAAAGGUGAUAAUUUGUUACUGGCAUCAAUCCAAAGCUAUCUCUUGUUUUUUACUGACUGCUUAUUGUUUAAACCAGUGAGUGGCAGUGAUUGUGUACAAGUUUUGUUGUCAGUUGCCUUUACCAAGUAAAGCAUUUUUUUAGGAAUAAGGUUUUUUUGCUCAGAAAAUUCAUAGUAAAAUAGAAUACCUAAUGUUAAUCCAUUGCUUACUUGUAUUCAGUUCUAUUGUCUGUUUACUUUGCUUACAUCUUGACUAAGAAUGAUUGGAGACAAUAAAUUUGUACUGUAUUUUG